AUGGAACAACCUCAACAACAAAACCAAAAUGAAGAAGCAGGUGGAGGUGGCAGUAGUGGAAAAGGGGGGUAUAUGAGCAGACAAAGUAGUACAAGAUGGACACCAACAACAGAUCAAAUAAGAAUAUUGAAAGAUCUUUACUACACCAAUGGAAUAAGAUCACCAAGUGCAGAACAGAUUCAGAGGAUCUCUGCUAGAUUAAGACAAUAUGGUAAGAUUGAAGGAAAAAAUGUCUUUUAUUGGUUUCAAAAUCAUAAAGCUAGAGAAAGACAGAAGAAAAGAUUCACUUCUGAUGUUAACAAUGUUGUUCUUCCUACUAUUCAAAGAUCAACACCAAAUAACAAUGUUAUUUCUUCUGCUAAUUGGAAAGUACCUGAUCAUGAUCAUCAACAACAGCAUGUUAAUGUUCUUACCAAUCAUUCUAAUCACAACAUUUCAUCUUCUGGGCUUUCUACUGCUUCAUGUUCUUCUGCUGAAAUGGCUACUGUAGGCCAGAUUGGAAAUUAUGGAUAUGGAACUGUGCCAAUGGAGAAAAGUUUUAGGGAGUGCACAAUAUCAGCUGGAUGUAGUAGUAGUAAAGUUGGAAGCACCAUAAAUAAUCACUUAGGAUGGAUUGGUCAUCAUGUUGAUCCAUAUUCUUCUUCAACAAAUUAUGCAAAUUUAUUUGGAAAAUUAAAAUCGAAUGAAGAAAUCAUGGAAGAAGAUGAAGAACAAGAACAUGAAAUUGAAACUCUUCCUUUAUUUCCUAUGCAUGGUGAAGACAUUAAUCAUGAUGGCUAUUGUAACCUCAAAUCAAAUUCAUCUAACUAUGGUGGUGCUGGCUAUGGUUGGUAUCAAGCUGAAAAUCAUGGUUUCAUCAAUGGUUCUUCCUUGGAACUUAGCCUCAACUCUUACACUCGUAGAUCACCAGAUUAUGCUAAUUGA